AUGGCUGUAGUAUCUGCGACCUCUAACGGUGCAGAUGAAAACUCCUUUGCGGUAAAAGAGGAUAAAAAAGGAUGGUUAUCCAAGCGCACACAUUUUACGCACCGGUGGAAACCUGCAUGGUUUCAGUUGAAAGAAACUAAACUGUUGUAUGGUGAAAAUGAAGAGGUAAGAAGACAACAGGUCAUUUCCUGUGCAACAUGUCAAGCUAAGACUAAAUAGUUUUUUAGAAUGUAUAAUUUUUGCCCGAUGAUUAUGGUACAGUCAGUGUGACAAAAUAGCUAUGCGACCAAGCGUUACAUUGGAACUUUCAGCACUGUCAGUGAAACAUGUUUCCCUACUUGCUACGUUGUUGUCCUGUUACCAUAGCAGCGUGCCUUUUACUGCUACUGUAGCAAGGUGGCAAGGUCUCCCUCAGCUAGGUGUUUUGAACAUUGUCUCAGAAUACAAUGUCAAUAAUAUAGUAGGCUAUUGUUAUUUAGUCUACAUGUAUCCUUGGCAUGUAGAGACAGUGCUUUGCAUUCAUUGCAUUUUAUUACAAGGCAGCAAAAUAUAGGCCUAGGUCAUCUAUGCGUCCCAAAUUGCUCCCAAAGUGCACUACUUCUGACCAGGGACCAUAGGGCUCUCGUCAAAAGUAGUGCACUAUAUAGGGAAUAGGGUGCAAAUUGGGGUGCACAGCAUAUCUGCCAUCUAAAACAACAUCACUUCUUCAUCUAGAAGCUUCUGAAGACCAUCAACCUGGUUGGGGCGGUGGUAGAGGCUGUUGAAGGAGGAGAUGGAUCAUUCGAAUGGACUAUUACGCCUAAGGACAGGAAACGGACCUUCUUCCUCCGGGCUGGCACCACAUCAGAACAGCAGGGAUGGAUGGAGGCUAUAUGUGAAGCACAGCUGAGCUCCAGGGACCAUGCUACUAAUGCUUGUGUUGUGCAAUAG